GUCGCAAUCAAGCUUCCCAACAGCGACCUCAUUUAUCCAAACCAGAUGGGAGCCAAGAGGUCCCAAUUCCCCGGCCAAAACACAGUCCUCUUCUUGACAUUGGACGCCGGUUCAUUUCCGUACUUCCUACCGUGAAGAACCGUCCCUAAUCCUGGGAGUACUAUCAACAGAACAACAGACCCGUAGCGUGACCUGAUUUUCUGUGUAACUCAAGAAUCAUCGCUCCCUCCUGAAAAAGUUCUAGCGCUGGUGUUGUAGUGGGCACCCUGUAUUGUCACUUCGAGUUUCUCAACGAGCGACGUUGUACGAGACAGACCUACUGGAGAGGUGCGGUGGGUUCGUAGGUCUGCCCUGGUCUGGAAUGUCCUUCUGUUCCCAAUUGUGCGGGCCAUCUUCCACGUCACCACUCCGGACAACGUCUUCUUAAAGUUGUCUCUGCUGUCAUCUUGUGUCACACCAAGAGUUUCUACACCAGAAUAAAGAUGAGCCGGUACGUAGCAGGGAUUCUCCUGUUGGCUGUCCUUCAACAUACUGUGACGGGAGCAAGUCCUGAACUUGGCGGCGAACAAGACGUCAAACAGACCGCCAGAAAACCCCGUGUGCGGAACCUGUCCUCCCCGCAAGGCGGCGCUGUGGUAUCACAGGGAGGAGGUAAACCCAAGCCGGUCGUUGGACGUCCCUCGGUAGCCGUACCCGUUAGUGUUGUAUCACGCCCAGGACCUGGACCGUACAACCCAAGAAAACCUCGCGUUCGUGAUUUAGUGCCGAAAUACCAGUACCCUGUAGGUGCAGUGCCACCAAACGCUGCAGUACAGCCGCUAGGUGGCGCUAGGCCGUAUACCGUUGUGCUACCCCCGGCGCCUGCCCCGAACCCGUACCUCAACCCCGUGCGCCCCCCUGCCCGCCUGCCCGUCCCUUAUCCAACCUACCCCCGCAAGUACCCACCCGGACACCCCAUGAGGGCAAAGCGAGACGCAAAAUCCUCAGAAUCUACGAAGGCCGAGAGUGACAAGAGCUCAGAAAAUAUCAAGCAAAUACUAGAAAACAUUUUGUCUGCGCCGCUGGCCACGAAUGAUGAUGACGCAAAGAACAAGACACUCCUAAAACCUCAAAAUCCAGACGAGUUCGCAGUUCCAGACGACCUGUCCAGCACGCCUGUUCCUCCAGUCCGCCUGCCGAUAGCAGUGGCGACAUUUCCUCCCGGAAUGCCUCGCCCCAAGCCGAAACCAGGGGCUACUACAGUAGGCCCUCCCUUAGGGAGAGCGAUGGGCGUCCGGCGGACACACAACAGCCUUGUGGGGAUCCGGGGCCCGCCGCGCACGCCCGUGGCACCGGGAGUUCGCCAGGUCUGGACCCCGGAGAACCUGCCGACCCUCCAGCCCAGGUGGUGCGGCGGGAACACGUUCGGAGAGGCCAACGGGAAAUGUCUGAACUGGGAGUUCUGUAUGAUGGCACCUGGCGUCCAGGAGGGGUAUUGCAAGCAAAAAUGUUGUUUUGCGAACCACGAGUGCGGCUACCCGGGUGCCGUGUGUGUUGGAGCCCAACCCGCCGAGGACGAGGACAACUCUAUCCUGGGACUGUGUUACGGCCCGCCUGCUCACCCUGGGAACGACGUGUCACGUGUUCAACAUGGCGUCAGAAACAAACAGCCAUGAGGCAUCAGUACUGGUGUAUAAACAUGGGAGUGUUGUCAAACAUUCUGACACUAAACUUUCAAAAUUCAUGGGGAAAUAAACCAAAGUACACUCAAUUCUCUGGACACUUUAGUUAAAGUUUCUUAAAAGAAGACAUUCAGAUAUUCACUGCUAAAAUGCCAACACGUGUGAUAGAAAUAGGGCUGUCAAGGAUAUACGUAAAAUAGAAGUUAUAGCUUGCAACUAUAUCCAAGAUGUACUGUAAGAUAUUUUAUUAUCACGGCACUUAAAUUUUAAACCGUUCUCAUUGAAAUAGAUUGGAGUGGUGUGAUGUGGUGAAUUAUCAUUUACUUUGUCGGAAACUGCUUUUUGAGGUUUUCUGUACUUUAUUGAUUGCUUUUGCAAUAGUAACUGUAGGUAACAUAUUUGUUAAGUUAUUUUACAUAUAUAGGAAUCCUUGCAUUGUAAUGAAAGAAAAAAAUACAAUAAGCAUACAAUUGUGAUAUUCUCUAAAAUUUAAAGUGCAUCAAAUAUUCACAUUUUUAGCUUUGCAUAGUCAAAUUUGCAUUCUAUAUAACUAUAUAUUACUGUAUCUGUUACGUCAUGUUUCAACGCACUGUAUUUCGCCCUUUGAGGGCAAGAAGGCACAAAGACAUCCUUUAUUCGCGUUUGCUGAGAAUAAACAUGGGGCCAGUUCCUUUCCUUUCUUACCAUAUUCCUUUCUUACAAUCACGUAUCUAAUAUGAAUAUCAUUUGCACCAUUAUUUGCACCAUCGUUACUUCAUAACGAAAGCACUACCACCGGCAUCCACAGGGCACAAGCGGAG